AGGGAAUCUUACUCACUCAUAUGUACACAGUGAAAUAACAUCAAAGCACUGACAGAAGAGGCAGUAAAAAAGUGAAACUGAUUAUUUUUCGGUGAAAAACUCUCUGUUUCGAUAAGGAACGGCAGAUUGCAACCUCAUAUUCUGCGUAUGGACAGUAUAAUAAGAUAAUGGCGUUACUCCGGGGAUGAUGUUUUCUAUGGGUUGCAAGCAAAUCCGGUGAAUUUGCAUUCGCCACUGAAGUUCGAUAAAGGGCUUUGAAACUUCGGUUCAAGCGAUUGGUUUCUUCUUAACAACAUCCAGCGGCUGAUUGUUAGGUGAAGUAGUUUCGGAGGGCAUCAUCCAUCAAUCGUGUGUUCCUGGAGAUUCUCUUGUGAUCAAAAAGUGCUCAAAGCGAUUGCGCCGCAAAAAAGUGAUAAAAACGCGAUCAGCUGUUAUCAAAGUACAGGUUUCUUUGCUGUCAAUAAGGGACCUAUUAUUUCAUAUAGACGCCGAAUCUCACGGUGAUUCUUCGGUAUGUGGGACAACACGAUAGCAAUGUUGCGGAUACGAAUUUGACAUCAUUGCUGUUUCCCUCAACAUAGAGUAGCUAUCCUGAGUGCGAGGAAGUGUUGAUUUCGAAAGAAAAGGUAAAGCGGUGACGGAAAAAGGCAAUUUAUUGGUGCGACAGAGAGGAUUUGAUCCGGUACAUAUCUCAACCAUGGACACUUCUAGCGGCGCCUUCAUCAAAACAAUCGAGUGGGAUAUGAUGGAUAAGAAAAAGUUUUUUCCACUGUCCAUGCUGAGUUCUUUUUCGGUACGAUGUGCGUUGUAUCCACUGACGGUGAUUAAAACACAAUUGCAGGUCCAGUACAAGAACGAUGUGUACAAGGGAAUGAUCGAUGCGGGCUGCAAAAUCUACCGCCACGAAGGCAUUUCUGGUCUGUACCGAGGCUUCUGGAUAUCCUCGGUGCAGAUAGUUUCGGGAGUGUUCUACAUCAGCACAUACGAGGGCGUGCGGCACGUACUGAAUCAGCACGGAGCGAGCCAACGAACGAAAUCACUGGUCGCCGGGGGCUGCGCCUCGCUCGUCGGUCAAACUAUCAUCGUUCCGUUUGAUGUGAUAUCGCAACACGCGAUGGUGCUGGGCAUGGGAACGAUGGCGGGCAGCAAAGGAGGAAGCGUGAAUCCACUGGGGAUCAACUUCGACAAACAAAGCAGCCGGAUCAGGAUAACGGUGGACAUUGCACGGGAAAUUGUGCGACGAGAUGGAUUCAAAGGAUUUUACCGGGGGUACACUGCUAGCUUGAUGGCUUACGUACCGAACUCAGCCAUGUGGUGGGCGUUUUAUCACCUGUAUCAGGAUGAGCUGCUCAAAAUGUCGCCUCCCUGGGUGUCCCACUUGCUGGUGCAGUGUGUUGCCGGAAGCUUAGGUGGAUUCACAACGACGAUUAUCACCAACCCACUUGACAUCGUUCGAGCACGACUGCAGGUGCAACGGUUAGACUCAAUGCAGGUCGCCUUCCGCGAGCUUUGGCACGAGGAACAUUUCCACAUGUUCUUCAAGGGUCUCACCGCUCGUUUAGUACAAUCAGCCGCGUUUUCUUUUAGCAUUAUCUUAGGCUACGAAACGAUCAAGCGAGUUUCGGUAAACGAACAAUACAAACACUUAAUACGGUGGUGAUUUGGAAACGGCAAGAAAAAAAACCAUUGAAUGGAUAAAAUAAGUCUUGGUGUUCUGCUAUAUGUGCGGCCGUUUAUGCCAUGGAAUAAUAACAAUGAUAAUAAUCGCAAUAGGUAGAACACUUUGAUGCUAGGUGGUAAUAAAUAAGCUUUUCAAUUGUGCUAGCACAACAAUGUCGGGGUUAGAUUGUUACCAAUAUUUGUUCCAUGCAGAGGAUAGGAAAUAGAAGUGUAUUACAAGAUAGGUAAACACCUCACAGUGACGAAUGGGCAAUCGAAUUUCCUACAUAUUAUAUAACGUAGAAAAGGAGGUAGUAACAUCGUAUGCCAUUAUGUUUACCAACAAAAAGUGCAACAAGUCAUCCGGCCGGAUAGAAUUACUUCACGCACGUGGCGAUUCAACUGCUAGCAGGGUUUAAUAUUUUUACUGUUUCUCGUUCGGACAACAGAUCAUGAGGCCAUUGUUUCCUACUUUAGUUAUGGAAGUGGACGUUUGAGCUUUUUUGCGUUGCUUGAAUGUUACCAUAUCUUGUCUAGACUCAUUUUAUGAUAAUUUAUUUUACGCAAUAAGUUAGCAUUCAUAUUUAAAACUGGCAAGAACAAAACAAAAACACAAAAGUAUAUGCCUAAGAAUAAAAGCCAAUAAAAUGUAAUUAUUCAUGCUUCGUGGAAGCAUGGACACGAGAAACGUGCGUGUGUGUUUCGUGCUGUAUAAACUGUAAAAUGUGUAAUUCAAAUACAACCGUUGUAUCAAAAAGGUAAAUUAUAUGGAUGAGAAAA